AAUCAUUGUGUCACUGAUUGCACAUUUUAGUGGAUAUUAGCAAUGAACUUAUCGCUAAAAAACUUAUAUUAUGUUUUGUGUCUCAUAUCUAUUACAUGUGGAUUUAAAAUAGGAUUUCUUCUUCCACAAAAUUCGACAAAUAUCAGUCUUCCAAGUUUUAAAACAUCAGGAAAAGCUUUCUUGCUAGCUGUAUCUCAAACCAGUGCGAGCUAUGAAUGGCGAGACAGCCAAUGUAAUGAUGCUGAGGCGUUGAAUCAGUUCAUCAACCUCAAUACAAGUCAUGUGGACAUUAUUGUGGGACCCGUAUGUCAAGGCGCGAUCACUUUCGUGGAAAAAAUGGCUACUCUGUGGACCAUCCCAUUUCUGACAUGGACUCCAACAGAUGAAGCUCUUCAUACGGCAUCCAAGACCUCGUUAAUCAGUACGUUUGGUACUUAUCAGGACCUAACCAAAGUACUGGUUACUGUUCUAAAGUACCAUCGGUGGAACAAUAUAGGAAUCAUAAGUAGCUCCGAUGAGAUUAGACAGACUUUCUCCAGAGUGAUGAAUUCAACCUUUCCAAGGUCCAAUAUUAACAUUAGACGUGAAAAAGUUAUUUCAAGUUUCACUAGAGGAGAAAUGGAGAGUGCCAUCUACGACUUAAAGAGCCACAUCAGAGUUUUUAUUCUAUCCUUUCCUGAAAAGUACAUAGAUGAUUUUAUGAAGGUGGCCUUUGGUAAAGGACUGACCAGUAGUGGACAGUACAUAUUCAUCCAUCUGACCUUUGGAGCAGGACUUAACCAUACCAGUACCCAGGAUGAUAUAUUUAGCUCUUUGUUAGAAGUUGGCCCUGUUUCAACAACAUAUUCUAAGUUUGAGAAUGACUGUAAAAAUUUCCUGAAACCAGCAAAUCUAUCUGUACCUCUUAGCAACCAGAUAGAUGAUUUUUCUGCGUAUCUUUACGAUGCCAUUGAUAUGUUUAACCAUCACAAUCCAGUUACCAUUAGUAAAAACUAUUCAGGUUAUUCCGGCUUUAUAGAGAGGUUUGUCGAUAACAAAGCCAUUAGAAAAUAUCAUGUGACCCAUUUUCAACACGGUAGUCAUCAGAUUGUGGCCAAUAUAACUAACCUGACAAAUUAUUGGGAGAAUAUUGCGGUAGUCUGGAAAGGUGGACAUAGACCCUCCGAUACACCACAUUGUGGAUUUUCUGGAGAUCACUGCACAAAGGGAAAAGAUGACAAGUCAGCAGUAAUAGCUGGUUCCUGUGUUGGUGUAAUAUUAGUCCUUACGAUAUGUAUCACAGUUAUCAUAUUAUAUAGAAAAUUUCGCUUUGAGAAGGAACUGAUGGGAAUGUUAUGGAAAGUAAAUCAAAAUGAAAUCAAACUUAGAAAGAAAAAUGGAACAGCAACUGUAGUCCCUGCUCAGGUCAAAGGUCAAAUUCAUCCAAAGAAAAAACUUGUCAGAAUGGAAACAAGGAAUACCUUGGGUUUUGGAUCGUCUGUGAGUUUAGACAGAAAUUUAUUGUAUACACCUAUAGGUAACUACAAGGGAACAGUUGUUGCAGUAAAAAGUAUACAAAGAAGAUCUAUACGACUGACUAGAGAAGUUCUCAGAGAUUUAAAAACUUUAAGAGAAUUACAACAUGACAACUUGAACCCUUUCGUAGGAGCAAGUUUAGAGCCAAACAAUAGUUAUAUACUUACAAGAUACUGUUCUAAAGGAAGUCUACAGGAUAUUUUGGAAAAUGAUGACAUAAAAUUGGAUUGGAUGUUCAAAAUGUCUUUUGCAAUAGAUUUAGCCAAGGGAAUGGAGUUUUUGCACAGAAGCCAUUUACGUUCCCAUGGCAAUUUGAAGUCCAGUAACUGUGUUAUUGAUAGUAGAUGGGUGCUGAAAAUAACUGAUUAUGGUGCAAUAACUUCUCAGCCUGAGGAACCAAGUGAAGAAAUAGGGGAACAUGAAUUCUAUAACAGAAUGUUAUGGACAGCACCAGAACUUUUAAGGCAACAUAAACAAGAUACUAAAGGGACACAGAAAGGAGAUGUUUACAGCUUUGGAAUCAUAAUUCAGGAAAUAUUGCUGAGGUGUACUCCAUAUUAUUUCAAUAAUGUCAGCUCAUCUAAAGAGAUUAUAAAUCGUGUGAGGAAAGGUGAGGAUCCUCCGUAUCGUCCACUGAUACCAGAUAAUAGUAACAUCCCAGACAAGGCCUACAAUCUGAUGACAAACUGUUGGAAUGAGAAUCCUGACUUUAGACCAGACUUCAGUAAUAUCAGAAAGAAACUUAUAGAUCUCAAUGGUGGAAAGAAAACGAAUAUAAUGGACAAUAUGAUUCACAUGUUAGAAGCCUAUAGUAAUAACUUAGAGGCUCUCGUGUCAGAGAGAACAGAAGAAUUGGCCAGAGAGAAACAGAAAACGGAUGUAUUAUUGUAUCAAAUGUUACCGCCGUCUGUUGCUGAGCAGCUUAAGAGAGGGGAGUCAGUUUUACCAGAAACAUAUGAAGAAGUGUCUAUAUUCUUCUCUGAUAUAGUGGGGUUCACCACCAUCUCAAGUACCAGUGAACCAUUAGAGGUAGUUGACCUUUUGAAUGACCUGUAUACAACCUUUGAUGAGAUUAUAGCCAAGCAUGAUGUCUACAAGGUUGAGACUAUUGGAGAUGCUUACAUGGUAGCCAGUGGCCUGCCUCGAAGAAAUGGGAAAAGGCAUUCAGGAGAAAUAGCCAACAUGGCAUUAGAUCUCCUCAGUGGAAUCACAAACUUUAGUAUUCGCCACAUUCCAAAUGAUAAAUUACAAUUACGUAUAGGUCUCCACAUGGGACCGUGUGCUGCUGGAGUUGUGGGCCUUACUAUGCCUCGUUACUGCCUGUUUGGGGACACUGUAAACAUGGCUUCAAGAAUGGAAUCGACGGGGAAAGCCUUACAUAUUCAUACAAGUGCUGCCAUGAACACAGCGUUAGAGGAACUGAAAUGGGGUUUCAUGAUGAUGGAGAGAGGGAUCAUUGAUGUUAAGGGUAAAGGUUUACAGAAAACUUAUUGGUUGAUAGGGAAGACUGGGUAUAACAAACCUGUACCGAAGACCAUAAGGAGAUUGCAAGCCAAGUACAAGAAAGCCCUAGCUGAAGGUCGCCCUGCUUCCCCUACAGAAUCACAUAUCUCAGCAGGGGACCAGAGUGAUAGCAUGUAUGGCAGUGCUUUCCGUAAAACAUCUCUAGCUGUACGCUUUAUCAGGGCCCUUUCUACUGAAAGUAUUCCAGGAGAAUCAAGGUCAAUGUCAGAGUUGACUGUGAGAGACCUUAAUUUGUCAUGUGAUAGUAUGGAGGAUCCAACUAGUCCUGACCGGUUAAGUCCAGUUCUGUGGAAACCAUUAAAACGAGUUAAGAAAGACAAUGAAAAGUCAUCAAAAUCAGAGAAAAUAGAAAAUGGUGCUAAAAAUGGUAGUGAUGGUGAUUCACCUAAAGACAGAACAAGAAAAUAUGCAUUUGUUAUACCAAAAAUAGAAAUAACAUGAUAGUCAUUAAAUUGUGUAUAAAUUUUUUUUAAAUCCGUCCAUAAAAUUAUAAUGGCAGAAAUUGAAUUAUUAUAAUUGGGAAAUAAUUGUUAUAAAAAUUAUCUGUCAAUGUCAAUUUAAAUUUUAUAUAAUUUUUAUAUGAACAUGUUUUUGCUACAAAUCGAAGAAAACUUUAUAUUAGAUAUUCUUAUAGAA